CAAAAAUAUACUGACAUUUUUCAGAGUCUGGCCAGCCCAUCUGUGGUAAUGGAAUGGUAGAAGAGGGAGAGCAGUGUGAUUGUGGAUACAGUGACCAGUGUAAAGAUGAAUGCUGUUAUGAUGCAAAUCAACCAGAAGAUAAGAAAUGCAAGUUAAAACCAGACAAACUUUGCAGCCCCAGUCAAGGCCCCUGCUGUACUCCACAAUGUAGCUUCAAACUCAAGACUGAUAAGUGUCGGAAUGAUUCUGACUGUGCAAGAGAAGGAAUGUGUAAUGGUUUCACUGCUCUCUGUCCAGCAUCUGAUCCCAAGCCAAACUUCACAGAUUGCAACAGACACACACAAGUUUGCAUUAAAGGGCAAUGUGCUGGUUCUAUCUGUGAGAAGUAUGGUUUGGAGGAAUGUACAUGUGCUAGUUCAGAUGGCAAGGAUGAUAAAGAGUUGUGCCAUGUCUGCUGCAUGAAAAAAAUGGAUCCAAUGACUUGUGCAAGUACGGGAUCUAGUCAGUGGGAGCAGCAUUUCCAUCUCAAAACCAUUACGCUUCAACCUGGAUCCCCCUGUAAUGAUUUUAAAGGCUAUUGUGAUGUAUUCAUGAGAUGUCGGUUAGUAGAUGCUGAUGGUCCUCUAGCCAGACUAAAGAAAGCAAUUUUUAAUCCAGAGCUGUAUGAAAAUAUUGCUGAAUGGAUUGUGGCUCACUGGUGGGCAGUAUUGCUUAUGGGAAUUGCUCUGAUCAUGUUAAUGGCUGGAUUCAUUAAAAUAUGCAGUGUUCAUACUCCGAGCAGUAAUCCAAAGUUGCCUCCUCCUAAACCACUCCCAGGCACUUUAAAGAGGAGGAGACCACCACAAACGACUCAACCACCACCACGUCAGAGACCCCGGGAGAGUUAUCAGAUGGGACACAUGAGACGUUAACUACAGAUUUUUGCCUUGGUUCUUCCUAGUGCCUACAAUGGGAAAACUUCACUCCAAAGAAAACCUAUUAAGUCACUGUCCCCAGUCCAACUCUCAAACAAAAAUAGAAGAAAAAAAAGGCAAGAUGUUAUGUCCUCAAACAAGUGGAGGAGUUUAAUUUUUAAUUAUUGGACCUUCCAGAGAGAGAAGUGAUUUUCUUACAGAUAUUUUUAACCUAAUGGCACAAAAGUCUUAGAUUAUCAUGUUUUUUUCCCCUUUUCUGCUCUUCAUUGCUGCAUUUUCUUCACUUGCAGGCAAACAUGGCUCUAGUAAAACUUUUAUUCACAAAUUGAAAAUAUAUCUGUAUAUAUUUUUCAACUGCCAAUCAAGGUUAGGAAGCUAGAUCACCUCAACAUUGGAGACAUAACCUGCCAAUGUAUAUAAAUUGUUAUAUGCAGACAUGUAUUUCUAAUGUACACCCGUACUUCUGUGUGCAAUUGUAAUCAAAAUAAUUGCAAUAUGGAUGUUUCUUUGUAUUAUAAAACUUUUCCGCUAUUAAUGAAGAAAUUACUGUUUAAUUGACUUACUCAGGAUAACAGAGGAUGGAGGUGUAUAAUGGUCAAGGAUUCUGUAAUGCUUUACACAGCAGUUUUGAAUCAAUUCAAACUUUUUUUAUUAGGAUCAGAGUUGGUUCAAGUACUCAUUUCAUCUUUUAUCAAACAGCUGCUAAGACAUAGCACACAAGUUUGAAUGCUCUUUUUGGAAUACAUGCAACAAGUGUGCAAACUUCGCAUAUGCCAGAAUGUUUCAAAAUUACAUUUUAUAUAAAUGUCUGAUUUCUUGUAGUUCAGCAUAAGUAUUUUUAAUUUUCGUCUGAUUAUUCUGUUAAAUAAUGAAGAGUUGGAUGAAAUAUUUCCAUGCUUUAGUAGAGAAAUAUGCCUGUUAUACAAUUUGUUUUAAGGACUGCAACCGGUUUAUUUGGGUUGUUCAGAUAUUCGUAGUGUGGUAAUUACGUUCAUGAUUCUGAAGAAAUGGGAAGGAUGAAAAGCUGUAGUUUCUAUUUUUUAAUUUAUCAAAUAUUUAGAUAACUUUCCAGCAUGAUACUGUUAAUGAAUAACCACUAAAAUACAGUAAUAUUCCAGCUACUGUAGCUGACUUAAAGUUGUAGUUAAGCCAACUGAUUUUCCCUUAAAUAUUUUAUAACAGUAGUGAAGUUCAAACAGCACAAUGUCCCAUUCCAAAGUUUGUAGUACGAAUGUAAAUAAUUGGCAUUUUUUUAAAAAGAAAAAACAAAAGCAUUUAUUGUCUUAACAUGCUUACUGCUAUGCAGAAAUGAAAGGGGCAUUACAAAAGUUUAAGCUCGUGACAUAUUUAUUGCUUGUUUUCCAAAAGCUGCAAGCUAAUUAGAAGCAAAUGGCUAUAAUUUUCCUGGCUUUGCUUAGGAGAAAAUUUAUUAAGGGUUGGACAGGUCUUUCUUUUUUCUUUUUCUUUUUUUUUUUAAGUAGUAUAAAGUUUACACAAUCAUUCUCAUAAUGUGACGCAAGCCAGCAAGGCCAAAAAUAUUACAGAAUAUAAUGGGAUCUCUUCCUUGUAAACUUGUACAGUAUGUGGUGACUUUUUUCAAAAUACAGCUUUUUGUACAUGGUUUAGAGACAAAUUUUGUACAUGAAACCCCAUAGACUAUAAAUAAUUCCAAACAAUCUUAAUAAGUUAGAAAUGUAUGUAGUUGCUUUUAAAUCAUUUUAAAUACAUUUGUUUUCAGACCGUGCAAAGACUGGAAGUGGGUUUGCAUUUCUAAAAUGGUGACUUUAAUUCAGCAAGAGUUCUUAGUAACUUCUUGAGUGUGAUAACCUUUGGGGCAUGUAAAUUUUUUGCUCGUAGUGUUAUCCUGUGGUGGGGUUUCAGCAGAUACAUGCUGCCCUAUUUUAUUUUAAGUCUAAGUUAAAUGUUUUCUGAAAAGAGAAAUGUGCACUGAACUCUCCACUGCAAGUCAAAAUGUGGUAAAACAAAAGAGAUCAAGACAAAUGAGAUCUAAUACUACUGUCAAUUUAAUGUCCACUGUGUUUUAUACAGUAUCUUUUUUUGUUCACUUUGGAAAUUUUUACUAAAAUUGCAAAAAAUAAAGUAUUGUGCAAAGAUAUGUACGUUUUUUUUGAAACUUGAAAUGCAUUAAUAAAUAGACUUGAUGAAAUUA